AUGGGCCAGUUGUGUAACACAGCCAAGUGUGGUCAAAUACACAUCUGCUGGAGCUGGAAGGCAGACAGAGGAGGAGCGGACAGCUGUUCAGGGCCAGCUGGACAGAACAGAGCGUGCCUUUUCCACGCUGUCACUGUUAUUAUCCUGUCCAACAGAGGCGAUUCUGGGUCAUGCAGUAGAAACACUCAAGCAGUGCCUAUUUGGCACACAGCAAAGAAUGGCCUGAAAUCUGGGACGUUCUUCUGGCCGGGAUCAGAUGUGAAAAUUAACGGCAGCUAUCCCGACAUCUACCGGCCUUACGACGGUAAAGUGCCAUUUGAAGAAAGAGUGUACAAUGUGCUGAAGUGGCUGCAGCUACCAGACGAUCAAAGACCAGAUUUCUACACGUUGUAUCUGGAGGAGCCCGAUAAAUCUGGACACAGCUUUGGUCCCGUCAGUGGAGGGCUGAUUGAAGCACUGCAGGGUGUGGAUAAGAUCAUCGGCCAGCUCAUGAAUGGCCUGAAGCAGAUUGGUCUGCACCGCUGUCUGAACAUCAUCAUCGUGGCCGAUCAUGGUAUGGAGGACACAAGCUGUGACAGGAAGGAGGUGCUGCAGGAUCUGGUGGGUGAUGUCAGCAACUAUUAUGUCAGCGAAGGACCAUUCGGACGCAUCAGAGCGAGAAACAAAGACACAGCCUUGGACUCAGCUGGACUUGUUGCUAACAUGACUUGCAAGAAGCCAGACCAAAAGAUCAAGCCGUACCUGAAGGCCGACUUACCGAAGCGCCUCCACUUCGCCAACAGCCGUCGCAUCGAAGACGUCAGCGUCCUGGUCGACAUACAAUGGCUGUUUGAGAGAUUUCCUGGAUCUCUCACGUUUUGUUCCGGUGGGACGCACGGCUAUGACAACGACUUCGAGAGCAUGCACGCCAUGUUCCUUAGUUACGGACCCAAGUUUCAGCACCAAACAGAAAUUGAGCCGUUCUCCAACAUUGAGCUGUACAAUCUCAUGUGCGAUGUGCUACAGAUCGCUCCUAGUGAUAACAACGGGACCCAUGGCAGUAUGAACCACGUGCUGAGGGAGCCCUACUACACACCGCUGGCCCCUGCAGAGCAGAGCGGCCCUGCUGAGUGUCCACUAGUCAGCCUCGACCCUACAGACAACCUGGGAUGCUCCUGUCCUGGUCUGAAUGAAAGUGUCGCCAACAGCCGUCUGGAUCUGACAGCAGAGGAAAAGACGGCUGCAGAGAGGAAGCACAUGCUGUUCGGUCGUCCACAGAUGCUGCAGACUGAUCAGAGUUACUGCAUCCUUCAUCAGGAGGGAUUCAUCUCCGGCUACAGCCACAAAGCUCUGAUGCCUCUGUGGAGCUCCUUCACCGUCGACAAGCCGUUGAACACGGACCCGCUGUCCCCAGUGACUCCAGGCUGUUUGAGGGCUGAUGUCAGACUUCAAGCGUCCCAGAGUCCCCGAUGUGACCAAUAUCAAGCUCCUGGGAACCUGACGCACGCCUUCCUGUACCCUCCCAAUCUGAAUGUGACAGCAGACCAGCAGUAUGAUGCUCUACUGAUGAGUAAUGUGGUGCCGAUGUACCCUGAGUUUAAGAAGAUUUGGGACUACUUCCUCGGCACCCUUCUAAAGAAAUACGCCACUGCUUAUAACGGCAUUAACGUGGUGACCGGCCCCGUCUUUGAUUAUAACUAUGAUGGCCGAUAUGACACUCCAGACCAGAUCCAGCAGUUUGUGUCUGGUACCAACAUCCCCGUCCCCACACACUAUUUUGCUGUGCUGACCAGCUGCAGAGACUCAGCCCUGCCCGUCAGCGCGUGUGUCACUGAGCUGCAAACUGUGACGUUCCUGUUGCCUCAUAAAUCCGAUAACUCUGAGAGCUGCAAGAGUACAGGAGCUGAAUCUCUCUGGGUAGAAGAUCGCAUGUGGUUCCACCAAUCACGCGUCAGAGAUGUUGAGUGGAUCACGGGAUUGGACUUUUACCAAGGCAGCAAUCGUCCAAUCCCUGAGCUGCUGCGAGUGAAGACCCGCCCCACCGCUGCUAUUCAAAGAAAACAAUGAAAAAACUAUUUUAAGAAUAAAACUUUUAUAUUUUAGGGAUGAAAACAAUAACCAAGAUUCAUAUUCAGUAUAUGUUAAACGUGUCACUGUUAUCACCGAUGUUAUCUA